AAGUCGAUAUUGUUAUUAUAUUAAAACUUCUAAGCACAGAGUUGGUUCAGCAGUAUGGAUCAUAUAAUGGAUCUAAAGAAAAUUUUGAAACAUCUACGGGGAAGAAAAGAGUCGAUUAGCUUAAGUAAAGCGUUUUGCUCCCGCGGUUGUCUAGGUAACCUAUAUCAGUACUUGCGUAGGACAAUAUGCGGAAAUGUGACUGAUCCUCCGAUCAAAUCAUAUCUUGCCCCAGCAAAACCGAUGCUUGAUAACCUGUCUACGUAGGAUUACAUGGGGCCGGGGCGUAGGCCAACGCUGGGUAAUAAAAACGAGCUUAUACCUGUACCGUACUUGAUGCUGUUUUAAGUUGGAUAUAGAUUAAUGAAAUAUGAUUAAUUACCAUUACAAUGCCAACAGCUUUGGAUUGUUUAGGACCUUGGCUUAUAUUGAAAUCAGACCUCAGUAGCGUUAUUUGAUUCACACACUCAGAGUGUAGAAUUUGAUCUUGCGAAUAUUAGGAGGAAUGAAAAGGAAAUGAAUCAUGCCAAUCUCGACAAACGUUGCGAAUUGGGAACAGUGUCAGAAGUACGACUCUCGUUGUUAAUUUCAGUACUGGUGAAGCUCGAACCUGGAACACCAUAUGAAAUUGAAGAAAAUUAGCUGAAGAAGAUUGAGAAUUUAAUGCUCAUCCAAAGCAAUUGCAAAAUCUCUGCACAAAAAAGGGCACAGCAACGCGAUAAAUAUUCUAGAGGGCAAUGCAUUGCAUGUAUUUUACUGACGCGAUACCAAUAGAACCGCUGUGUUGGGAAGAACAGUUGAAUUCCAGACAGGUAAAGUUGCUAAAGCAGAGCAAACAUACAAUGCCUACAAAAGUACCAACGCAGUCUGGUGAGAUUCACCCUGUUGUAUUUCACGAGAAAAAAUCAGUUGAAGAAAUGCUUAAGAAACAAAAAGUGGGUUUCCAUUUAUCUUCCUGUCACCUUCCUGAUUUAAAGACUAAAAAAGGUCCGGAAAAGUAUCUAUCGGGUGGUAAAGGUAGAAAGAAGAUGAUGGCACACAAAAAAUCGCCGUUGAACAACCAGCUAGAGUUAAAAGGCAGCGGACUCAAAAAUUUUAAUUAUACAAACACGUUCGUAAACGGUAACUGGAAAUUUCCAGAACAACUUGAUGUUGGUGCAAAAUUUCAUUCGGAGAGGUAUAAAGGUAAAGAUUUUUGCAAUCAAGCUAAGGAUUCAAGUCUUCAUUCACAUUGUUCAUCAAUAGACAUAUCUCGUGUUGACGAUACUCAAAUGGAAAGGAAGACUUUGUGCGGUACAAAUCAAUAUGUUGAAAUACCUGUCUCCUUACCAAAUCCCGCUCUUACCGAUGAAUCCUGUUCAAUAAUCAGUGAUGGACGAGAUUUGAACAGCGAGAUAAUGUCUUUUGAUAAAAAAUCUGAUACUGAAUUCAAUAAAACCUCAAGUGGAACAAAAUCUGCUGAGAAUGACGUACAAGAUAAAUCCUCGGAAAAUACAGACGAACAAAGGGUGAGAAAAUCCGUUAAUCAAGUCACAGUGCCUGUAGGAAUCGCAGAUGAUGAUUUUGAAUUGACAAAAAAGGAGUGUUUCACAGGUGCGGGUUACAGCACAUCAAGAGAAAGCCGUAUGAGUCGACAGUCAUCUCGUCUCACUUAUACACCAUCAACCCCACCAGUGUUUUUAAGUAAUGAUAUUCCUGAGUUUCCUAAGGGUGUUUCGCCGUCCAAGGCAUUGUUGGAACUACGCCAAACAUUUUGUGAAAAUAUAAGAAAAGAAACAGAACAGUUGGAGUUUGAUUUACAAGAACUUUGCUUAAAAAAACAACUUCAUGAUAGAAAUAGCACGAAGUAAUGCAACAAUAUCAAUAAAAAUGAAUUUACUACAAAGAAACUCUAAUUCUGUUUUCAACUGUGUUCACGUGACGCCUAUGUACGCCUAUGCACACCUUCAUUAGACAAAAACUGCAAAACGUUGGUUACGAUAUAUGGCAAUGGCUUCAAAAUCAAGUCAUC